GCAGAGGACUCUGGGUGAAAAUAAAAGUGAAACUUGAACAAAUAUAACUCUAAGAGUGAUUGUUUUGAUUUGCGAAUUUUUAUAAAAUUAAUUUUAUUGUUUUCUGUUUAAUAAACUAUAAUCAAAUAAUUUUCUACCAUCACUUAGUUUAAUAAAUUUGUCUACUUUGAAAAGGUACAAAAAUAUAUUGAUAAAGUUGCCCAUAGUUGGAACAAACAAAUAUUUUUUGUAUUAAUGAAAAGAGGAGGGGCAUCUGCAAAACAUGCUAAUAAAUAACACUUGACACAAAGAUUGCUUAAUAAUUAUUCGUGGAAAAGGAUUUUUUUGCAAAAAGAAAAGUGGCUGAUGCAGUUGUUGUGGCAUUUUGGUUUUUAGACUUCGGAGGAUGACCAGUGCUAAUAGUAGCAUUGUCCAUGGUGAGGUUUUGAGGGCAGCUUGUAGUGAUUCUGGAACAACAACACAAUUAAUGGAAGAACAUCGGAGCUGUUUGGCUGCCACAACUGAAGUUAUCAAUCGCGGGCCUUCAAGUAGGUUGCAGUCAUCAAGAUUUGCUUGUUUGAGAUGUUGUGGCAACCUGAUCAACUAUUUGAUACGUUUAAGAAAUACUCCUGAAGAAUUAGAGCAACGUUACAAAUCAAAAGAAAUUGAUAAGUUUUUAGAAAAAGAAAAGCAAACUUUUCGUAGACAGGUAAAACUUUUACUUUUGGGAGCUGGCGAAUCGGGAAAAUCAACGUUUUUAAAACAGAUGCGUAUUAUACAUGGAGUAAAUUUUGAACCGGAACUUAUAAAGGAGUACCAACGUGUAAUAUAUCAGAACGUAAUACGUGGUAUGCAAGUUUUAAUAGAUGCCAGAGAAAAACUUGAUAUUCCUUGGGGAAAUAACGAUCGAGAUAAAGAUGCAAACGAAACAAAAUUAAUGGAGUGUAGCACGUUAGAAGCCGAGAAAUUUGUUCAGUAUGCUGCAAUUAUAAGGCGACUUUGGCAAGAUCGUGGAAUAAGACGAGCUUACGAACGAAGAAGAGAAUUUCAAAUAAGCGAUUCAGUAAAUUAUUUCUUAGAUGAAAUUGACCGCUUGGCUAUGAAUGAUUACACUCCAACACAUAAGGAUAUUUUGCAUUGUCGGAAAGCUACGAAGGGUGUUUAUGAAUUUUCCGUAAAAAUUCAAAAUAUCCCUUUUGUUUUUGUUGAUGUUGGUGGGCAACGUACACAAAGACAAAAAUGGACUCGAUGCUUUGACACUUCGGUAACAUCGAUUAUAUUUUUAGUUUCCACUUCUGAGUUUGAUCAAGUUCUAGCUGAAGAUAGAAUGACAAAUCGUUUAGAGGAAUCUAGAAAUAUUUUCGAUACUAUUGUAAAUAAUAAUACAUUUAAAGGUAUUUCAAUAAUUCUGUUUUUAAAUAAAAUGGAUUUGUUGGAACAAAAGGUUAAAAAUCCAGAGACUGAUAUCCGUUGGUUUUAUCCACAAUUCAAUGGUAAUCCUCAUUCGCUUUUGGACGUCCAAAAUUUUAUAUUGCAAAUGUUUAUGAGCGUUCGCAAAAGUCAACAAAGUCGCACAUAUCAUCAUUUUACAACUGCCAUAGACACGCGCAACAUAAAUGUUGUAUUUAAUUCUGUCAAAGAUACAAUUUUACAACGAAAUUUAAAUGCAUUAAUGUUGCAGUAAUAAUUUAAUGUAUCUCUUACCAAAAAAAGUUAUAAAUAAAAAUAACAGUUAUUUUUCUUACAAUAACUGAUAAACGAUAAAUCUCGGCAAUAUUACGUUAAAAUUCAUAUUAAUGGUUCAAACAUAAUUAUGUAACUAAUUGCUAAAUUUCAAUAAUGUAUUUAAAGUUGUCUUUUAAUAAUUUCUAACUAUUGAACAUGAAUAAUGCAGUGCCAAAUGCUUUAAACAAAUGUUUAUAUUUGUAUUAUAUAAACAAAUAACACGUGCAUAUGUAACAUUAAUAAUGCCGAUGAUCAAUAAUUAUGUAUUUGUAAUGUAUAUAUUUUUAAUAUCCAAUUGAAUUAUUUUAUAUUUUAUAUCAUGUUUACACGCAUUUAAGUGUAUAAGUAUUUAAAAACUAGGCUCACACGUAUUUCUAUAUAAGCUGUCAAUUACAAAUAUUAUAUUUAAUUAUUUAAUAUACACCAAAAAAAACUACAUAUACAUAUAUUAACAAUCAUAUUCCGCACUGUAAACUUACAUUUUAUUCAAGUAUAUGAUGAUGUUUUACUUAUUUAUAUUAUUAAUAGUCGUGGUAACAUUUCAAAUUUACAAUGUAUAUUAUUAUAUAUCUUAAAUAUAUAUUUUUUGUAUGUCUUAAAGAUGUUCAUUUUCUCAUAGAGAAAUAUGCACAUGUGCUAAAAAAAUAAAUUUAAUAAAAACCCCGUAUUAUUUUA